AGAACUUGCUAUGGGCCUCCUGCUCCAGCUUCUCCUCCUGGCCUCAUUCUUCCCACCAGGCCAGACCUCGUGGGGUGUCUCCACUCCCCAGAACGUGCAAGGCGUGAAGGGGUCCUGUCUGUCCAUCCCCUGCGUCUUCAGCUUCCCUGCUGACGUGGAGGUGCCUAACGGCAUCACAGCCAUCUGGUACUACGACCACUCGGGCAACCGGAAGAUGGUGAUCCACUCGAGAGACCCCACGCUGGUGGAGGCCCGCUUCCAUGGCCGUGCCCAGCUGGUGGGGGACCCCGAGCACAAAGUGUGUAGCCUGAUGCUGGAGGACCUGCAGCCCGAGGACUCGGGCCCCUACAACUUCCGCUUCGAGAUCAAUGAGGUCAACCGUUGGACAGGUGUUAAAGGCACCACGGUCACUGUGACAGAGAAGCCCACCACGCCCACCAUUGCCUCCCCGGCGUUGCUGCUGGAGGGCACGCAGGUGGAUUUCAACUGCUCCACACCCUACGCCUGCCUAAAGGAUCCCAUCACCCUGCGGUGGCACGGCCAGGACCCCACCCGCUCCAUCACCUCCACCCUCCAGAAGCUCGAGCCCACCGGCAUCACCCACCUAGUGACCCUCCACACGACCCUGUCCUGGCAGGACCACGGCCAGACCCUGCGCUGCCAGCUCUCGGUGGCCGGCCGCACCAUCCAGAGCGAGAUUCGCCUCGAAGUGCAGCAUGCCCCUCGGGGCGUGGAGGUCCUCCUCAGUCCCUCGGGGCGGAACAUCCUCCCUGGCGAUCCGGUCACACUCACCUGCCGGGUGAACAGCAGCCACCCCACAGUCAGUUCUGUGCAGUGGGUCAAGGAUGGGACCCCCCUCAAAGCCAACAGUCAGAUGCUGCAGUUGGCCCAGACAGCCUGGGGUGAUGCCGGCGUCUACACCUGCCAAGCCAAGAAUGCUGUGGGUUCUAUGACCUCGCCGCCCCUCAGCCUCCACAUCUUCAUGGCUGAGGUCCAGGUGAGCCCAGCUGGCCCCUUCCUGGAGAACCAGACGGUGACGCUGACCUGCAACACGCCCAUCGAGGCCCCCAGCGACAUCCGCUACAGCUGGUACAGGAACCAUGGCCUGCUGGAAGCCGCCCGCUCCCACACGCUCCUGCUGCGCCCGGCCACCAGGGCGGACACCGGCUUCUACUCCUGCGAGGUGCAGAACGCCCAGGGCCACACACGCUCCAGCCCGGUCAGCGUGGUGGUCAGCUACCCGCCCCAGGCCCCGUACCUGACCGCCUUCCUUGAGACGCAGGCGGGUCUGGUGGGCAUCCUCCACUGCUCCGUGGUCAGCGAGCCCGUGGCCACUCUGGUGCUGUCACAUGGGGACCUCAUCCUGGCUUCCACCUCCGGAGAGGGUGACCACAGCCCACGCUUCAGCAUCUCGUCUGCUCCCAACUCCCUGCGCCUGGAGAUUCGAGACCUGGAGGCAGCGGACAGUGGGGAAUACACGUGCUUGGCUUCCAACUCCCUCGGAAACGCGUCCUCCACCCUGGACUUCCAUGCCAGCGCCGCCCGCCUCCUCAUCAGCCCAGCCGCAGAGGUGGCAGAAGGGCAGGCUGUGACACUGAGCUGCAGGAGCCUCCUGAGUCCGACGCCUGCCAUGCGCUUCUCCUGGUACCGGAAUGGAGCCCUGCUUCUUGAGGGGCCCAGCAGCAGCCUCGUUCUCCCGGCAGCCUCCAGCACCGACGCCGGCUCAUAUCACUGUCGGGCCCAGGAUGACCAAGGCGCCAGUGGCCCCUCCUCGCCAGCCGUCCUCACUGUGCUCUAUGCCCCCCGCCAGCCCACGUUCACUGCCCGGCUGGACCCUGAUGCUGCCCAAGCCGGGGCUGGACGGCGAGGCCUCCUCCUGUGCCGUGUGGACAGUGACCCUCCGGCCCAGCUGCGGCUGCUCCACGGGGGCCGCGUUGUGGCCUCUUCCCUCCCCUCGGGGAGUGGCUGCUGCACCUGUGGGGGCUGUUCCCAGCGCACGAAGGUCACCAAAGCCCCCAACUUGCUGCGCGUGGAGAUUCAUGACCCGAAGCUUGAAGACGAGGGCGAGUAUCUGUGUGAGGCCAGCAACACCCUGGGCAGCGCCUCGGUCUCCACCAACUUCGAUGCCCAGGCCACUGUCCUGGUCAUCGCGCCGUCCAACACGCUGCGGGAGGGCGCGGAAGCCAACCUGACGUGCAACGUGAGCCGGGAAGCCAGCGGCCCUGCCAACUUCUCCUGGUUCCGGGACGGGACGCUGUGGGCCCAGGGCCCUCUGGAGACUGUGACCCUGCUGCCCGUGGCCAGAACCGAUGCUGCCCUCCAUGCCUGCCGCAUCCUCACUGAGGCUGGUGCCCAGCUCUCCACCCCCGUGCUGCUGAGUGUGCUCUAUCCGCCGGAAUCUCCAAAGCUGUCAGCCCUCCUGGACGUGGACCAGGGCCACAUGGCCUUGUUUGUCUGCUCUGUGGAUAGUCGCCCCCCGGCUCAGCUGGCACUGUUCCACGGGGCGCGCCUUCUGGCCACCAGCCCAGGACCCCAGCUCCCGUCUCGUGGUCGGCUCCGGGCCAAGGCAUCCGCCAACUCCCUGCAGCUGGAGGUCCGAGAGCUGGGCCUUGGGGACUCCGGCAGCUACCGCUGUGAGGCCACCAACAUUCUUGGAUCAGCCAACACCUCGCUGUUCUUUCAGGUCCGAGGAGCUUGGGUCCAGGUGUCUCCAUCACCCGAGCUUCAGGAGGGCCAGGCCGUGGUUCUGAGCUGCCAGGUACCCGCAGGAAUCCCUGAGGGGACCUCAUACCGCUGGUACCGGGAUGGCCAGCCCCUCCAGGAGUCGACCUCGGCCAUGCUCCAUUUUGCAGCCAUUGCUUCGAGCCAAGCUGGAGCUUACCAUUGUCAGGCCCAGGCCCCAGGCUCGGCCACCACGGGCCUGGCUGCCCCCAUCAGCCUCCACGUGUCCUAUGCCCCUCGCCAGGCCACACUCACCACCCUGAUGGACACAGGCCCCGGGCGACUGGGCCUCCUCCUGUGCCACGUGGACAGCGACCCUCCGGCCCAGCUGCAGCUGCUCCACGGGGAUCGCCUUGUGGCCACCACCGCACAGGGCCGGGGGAAAGCUGCUGGCAGCUCUCUCCGGCUGCGGGUGGCUGUGGCCCCCAACACGCUGCGCCUGGAGAUCCACAACGCCGUGCUGGAGGAUGAGGGCGUCUACACCUGCGAGGCCACAAACGCCCUGGGCCGGGCCUCGGCCUCGGCCACCUUUGACGCUCAGGCCAUCAGCGUGCAGGUGUGGCCCCAGGCUGCCGUGCAGGAGGGGCAGCCGGUGAACCUGACCUGUGUCGUAUGGAGCAACCGCCUGGCCCAGCUCACCUACACGUGGUACCAGGAUGGGCAGCAGCGCCUGGGUGCCCGCUCCAUCCCCCUGGCCAACAUUGCAGUCACGGAUGCUGCCUCCUACCGCUGUGGCGUGGGGACCCCCGGCCAAGCAGCCCACCUCUCCAGACCUGUCACCCUGGAUGUCCACCAUGCACCCCGCAACCUGCGCCUGACCUACCUCCUGGAGAGCCGUGGUGGGCGGCUGGCCCUGGUGCUGUGCACUGUGGACAGCCGCCCACCUGCCCAGCUGGUCCUCAGCCGUGCCAGCCGCCUCCUGGCCUCCUCGACCACCACCUCCGUCCCCAAUACCCUGCGCCUGGAGCUGUGGGAGCCGCAGCCCAGCGACGAGGGUCUCUACAGCUGCUCUGCCCACAGCCCCCUGGGCCAGGCCAACACAUCCCUGGAGCUGCGGCUGGAGGGGGUGCGGGUGACCCUGGCUCCAUCGGCUGCCGUGCCCGAGGGGGCCCCCUUCACGGUGACCUGCGAGGACCCCACUGCCCGCCCACCCACCCUCUUUGCCUGGUACCACAAUGGCCAUUGGCUGCAGGAGGGACCAGCCACCUCCCUCUCAUUCCUGGGGGCCGCGCGGGCUCACGCGGGCGCCUACUCCUGCCAAGUCCAGGAUGCCCAAGGCACACGCAGCUCCCGGCCUGCCGCCCUGCAAGUCCUCUAUGCCCCCCGCAACGUGGCACUGUCCUCCUUUCGGGACUCACGGGCCAGCUCUGUGACCAUCCUGCAGUGCACCGUGGACAGCGAGCCGCCAGCCGAGCUGGCCCUGUCCUGUGACGGCAAGCUGCUGGCCACCAGCCAUGGCAUACACGGCUCGGCAUCAGGGCCAGGCCACGUCCACGUGGCCCGCAACACCCUGCAGCUACAGGUGCAAGACGUGCCCACAGGUGACCAGGACACCUACACCUGCACGGCCCACAACUCACUGGGCUCCGUCAGCACCACGGGGCGGCUGCAGAUAGAAGGCAUGCGCGUGGCGGCUGAGCCGGGUCUGGACGUGCCCGAGGGCGCAGCCCUGAACCUGAGCUGCCUCCUCCCUGGAGGCCACGGGCCCAGGGGCAACACCACCUUCUCCUGGUUCUGGAAUGGCCGUCACCUCCACAGGCAGCCCGUGCCCACACUCACCUUCGCCCACGUGGCCCGUGCCCAGGCUGGGUUGUACCACUGCCGUGCCGAGCUCCCUGCCGGGGCCGCCGUCUCCGUUCCGGUCGUGCUCCGCGUGCUCUAUCCCCCGAAGACGCCCACCAUGACGGUCUUCGUGGAGCCCGAGCGCGGCCUGCAGGGCAUCCUGGACUGCCAGGUGGACAGUGAGCCGCAUGCCAGCCUGACCCUCCACCUCGGCACUCGACUGGUGGCCUCCAGCCAGCCCCGGGACACCCCGGCCGAGCCACACAUCCACGUCUGGGCCUCCCCGAAUGUCCUGCGGGUGGACAUAGAGAAGCUGGAGCCCAGUGACGAGGGGGACUACGUGUGCGCAGCCUCUAACACUCUGGGCUCUGCCUCUGCGUCCACCUACAUUGGGACCAGAGUCCUGUCCAGCCUGCGUCUGUCCCAGCAGCUCCUCUGGGUCCUGGGGCUGCUGGAGGUCCUCCUGCUGCUGCUGCUGGGCCUGGGGGCCUGCUACGCCUGGAGAAGGAAGCUUUCUUGUAUACCAAGAGUGGGCAAGAGUUCAGUGGAGAUGGCUUUGCAGAAGGAAACCACACAGCUCAUUGAUCCGGAUGCAGCCGUACUUGGACCUUGUACUGUGUCCUGCACUGAGCUGACCUGUGGCACUGCCUGCCCUCAGGAGGACGCCAGGAUCUGUGAAGACUUGGGCCCUGAGAACGAGGCAACGUUGGGUCCUGGCCUUAUGUAUGAAAACAGCUCUGUGACAUCUGACUCCCUAUGACCUGGUUCCAAGCCCCUCGCCACCAAGAGAAAUGGGCAGUGAGAGGUGGGUGUGAACCCCAAUCUACUGGGAGAGUGUUGGCUCUGGGGGACUCUGCAAAGAAACAAGUUCAUCGUCUUGUGCACUUCUCCUCGUUCUUCCCCUUGGCUCCGGAUAUCACCGCCUCCCUUAUUCUCUCCUCUAGUGCCCUGUCCCUUCACAUCCAACUUCUCAAAGCCCACCCUGGACUUUUCAGAUGGAUUUGAAGUGCUUCCUAUAUCCUUAGCAGCUGGUAAUGGACUGUAUUAGAAUACAAAUUAGGCAGCUCUAACAACAGAUUGAAAAUGGUGACUUCAACAUGAUAGAAUUUUAUUUUUCUCUCCCAUACUAGCCUGGGUUUGUGAUGCUGGUUCACGGUGCUGGGGCUCUGGAUCCUUCUGUCUUAUUUUCCUUCAUCCCUAAUGUGCUGCCUUUGAUUGUGAGGUUCAUGAUGGCCCCAUUGUGUCCACAUUCCCAUCAGGGAAUCCUGAAUUUUAUGCAUGAGUUUUCUGUAAACCCACAACUUCUCUAAUUAAAAAAACACACAAAAACCUAGGUUGAUCUCAGUUAUAAGUGCAGGUGUAAAAAUCCCAAAUAAAAUUAUUAAGGGAAAAGGAUCUAGCGGUGUUUUAAUAGAUAACAUUUUAUGAUCAUAUAAUUAACCUAGGGAUGCAAGGAUUGUAUGAUUUUUUUUAAUAUUAAUAAAUUUACAUUAACAGAUUAAA